AUGUCAAUAUCUGUUCUGGCUCGUGACAGUGUAUUUAUUACACCGACUACUUUGCAUUCCCAGCUUCAUGGAACUUUAACACAACAGCACUCAAGUUUCAUGACCUCUACUGUGUCACAUCAUCCUACUCUCUAUAGAAGAGAUGAUGAUGAUAGUUCAAGUAGCUCUUCUGAGAGCUCGAGAAGUAGUACCUCUUCGUUAUGCGGUACUGCUAAAUGUACAUAUCCUGCAGACCACAGUUAUAGCACCACUGUAGGUGUUGCAGUGGGUGUUCCCGUGGGUGUCAUUUUAGUUAUCUUCGUUGUCAUAUUGUGUGUAUUAUACAAGAGAAAGAAAAGAGAUGAAAAGGAAGAUAAUGAUCCUGAUUUCGUUGGUGACGCAGAGUAUAUUCCAAAUAUCAAUAACAAGCAUUCUCGUUUUCCUGGAGGGAAGUUCACUCAUGGUGAUAUGUAUAAUAUACCGAAUUCCAGUGAGAUCGGUUCCUUUGAUUUGAAAAAUGAUUACAAUGACGAUGUUCAAUAUUUAGCAUCUGAUAAUGCAAGAUCAAAUAACCCCUUUUCAAACCCUUCACAAAGAAAUUUGGUAGAAAAAUCAAAUAUGAGAGUACCUACAUAUGUACCAGAAAAUAUUGAUACAUUUGCAUUGAGAGAUUAUGCAAAUAAUAUCGAUGGUCCUGCCGACUUGGGUGCAUAUAAACUAGCCUCCAAAAAUCAUAGUCUUGUUUCAUUGACUAGUAAUGCAUAUUCAACAUCGAAUAAAAAUAGUUACAUUAAUCUGUCUCAGAGUAACGGUCUUUCUAAUGCCCCACCUCCAUCUCAGUCAAUAGGUUCUCAAAACUAUGACAUAAAGAGAGCUUCGAUCUUUACUUCAGAUACUGAUAAUGAAUCAACGCAUUCAAAAAUAAUGCAGAGUCCUGUGAAAAGUGUUUUAGGUAACACUACACAACACUAUGGCCAAGAUGUGAGUGGUUAUGAUAUAGAUACUUCAAAAUUAGAUAACACCAACGAUUUCACUUUUGAAAAUGAUUAUGAUAAUAACAGAAACUCAACAAUAUUACCACAAGAAAAUUUAGAAAUCAAAGAUUUGGAGUCAAUUGAACUUGAUGGAAAUGGGGAGCACAAUGUAACAGUAAAUUCGGAGGAUAAAGUAUAUAGUUUGGAAACUGAAGAGGAUGAGAACAUUAGGAGAUUAAAAAGUAUAUAUAAUGUCUACCUGGAUAGAAAUAAUACUGUAAGACAAACAUCAGGUAAUCAAAACGUAUUACCUAAAACCUCAGCAGACGGUAAUCUAGAUGAUGCUGAGAUGCCAAUGCCAGCACAAAUAUUAAAUCAGAAUACCAAUGAAUUGGGUGGAAAUGGUGUUCGAGAAUCUUUGAGGGAAAAUGGUACGGAUCAAGAAUUAAUCAGUGAAGUACCAUUAGACCAAGAAGAUAAUUUACAACAAGAUGUAUCAACUGAACAUGUAGCUGAAGAAAAUAAUAAUAGCUUGCCUGUUAAUAGUGAAAAAUUGCAUAGGGUUAUAUCGUCAAUAUAUUCUGAAGUUCCAUUGAUUGAUAAUUUCAAUGAAAAUAACGCCAACAUGGCAAGCAACAAUUACAAUGCUGGUAUGAAUGAGCAAUAUAACGUAAAUCAACAAAUGGACAAUGGACAAUAUCAGAACUUUACAGGAACUAAUUAUAACAAUUAUGAUAACUACAAUAAUUAUGGUAUGCCUCAACAACCAAUGCCGGCGCAAUAUAACCAUCCGCAAACACAUGAAGAGAUUGCAGUAUUACCAACACCUACUCAGUUGGCUUAUGAACAAUCGUCUCAUUCACUAACAUCUUUCAGCGGACAGUCCAAAAGACAAUUGAACAGCAAUCGGUUAAGAACACGAGCUAUGAAUGGUACGGCAUUAAAUCCAAUGGAUCAUCCAGAUAUGUUUUACAAGCAAGGUUCCGAUCAAUUUUCUUCAUAUAAUCAACAAUUAGCUUCUCACGAUGGAUCAGGUGGAACUUUACAUCCUCACAAAUUGAGAGAAAGUGUUGUUAUGAUAAAUCCGCAUUCAUUGGGAGCACCUAAAUCUUUCAAACCUGCCGGAUCCUUCAGAAGUGUAAGUAAUAACAAUUCAAAAGCCAACAGUUUGACCACCCAAAACAACCCUUACGGUGCGAACCAAGUCUCAAAUUCAUAUAAUAGUCGUGUUAGUGGAUUAAUCGACCAUCUCGAUGUUUCACAGCCUCCAAGUGUUGGAAACAUUUUACCUCACUCAAGUUCCAAUGAAGAUCUGAGAAAACAAUUAGGUUCCUCUCAAAACUAUAAUAUUUCAUAA